GAUGGACCACUUCGACGCGCUCGCGGCCGCGUUCUCUGCGGCCGUGACCCGGCGCGGGCCGGCGCUCAAGGCAACGUCGCUGAGCUCGCUCACCAAGGUGUGCGACGUUCUCGGCGUGUCAGCGCAGCGGAGGAAGAACGUGCGGCUCACCUUGUGCCCGCAGGUGACGCAGCACCACGUCUGGCGCGGCGCGCUCGAGGAGGUGCUCAGUGACCUUCUCGAAGACGUGGCCGCGCUGGAGCAGGAGCAGGAGCGUGAGCUCCACCCUUCGAUCCAGAUGGCCGAACAGAUCGCCUCGGCCUGCGCCGGCUUCUUGUCGGACACCGCAGACGCGGCGACAUCCUCAUCGCCGUCCUGGAUGCGCCCAACGCCGUUCAGGAAACCCGCGGUUCCGCCACCGCCGGCGAAGACAUGGCAAGAAGUUCUCGACAUGUUCACAGACCUGGCUAAGAGCCUGGGAACCGACACUCGGCUAGCCGGGCAUCUGCAGAAGGUCGAGGCCAUGAAGGAAGGGCUGUACCAGAUACGCGACAUCAUCGUCGAGCGGGACAUUGGGUUCAAGGAGGCACGGCACCAAGACUGCCUGGUGCAGAGGAAUCUAUCCAAGAACCUGGGGCAUUCGUCCCGGGGCCUGUACACGCUGUUGCUCUUCUAUCUCUAUCACACUGUCCAGGACAUCGAAGUGCACAUCGGCAAGUGCUUGUAUGGCAAGGGAGGCAGGAAUGUCACAGUGCAUGCCGUGAAGUUCCUCGUCGAAGGCGACGAAUUGGCGGUCAGGAGCGGCAUGAAGCAGCUGAGUCGUGCUCUCGGUGUCUUCAGGUUUGUCUGGGAAGCGGCUAAUACUGACACUGGGGUCAACAAUGGCAUUGGCAAGGAUGUCGUUGUCAAGAAAGGCGAGGAUGCAAAGGGGGUACUGAAGCUGCAAGGGCAUCUCUGGGGCCUCGGUGUUGAAGAGAAGAAAGUAACAUACAGAGGGGUUGUGUUCCAUGUGCAUCAGAUACAGCUGCCCUGAAUUUCCAUUUAUGCAACACCUCAUGUAUAUCAUCCAGCUUCUGGAGAUGGUUAGAAACCUGUAUUGAUUCAAGCUUGACCAUACCACGGACGGACACAACGUAAACGGGUAAAAACCUGAAAUGCCACACCCUCUUCUCUUGAACAAAACUGCUAUUCUUUUUCACCAGAGCUCAUUCUUUAAAUUUGUACAAUGACGAGGCAAAACACAAAUUUGUACAUACAGAAAGGGUAAAACAGAAAAGGAAACAAAAA